UUUUUUUUGGUUUUUUUUUUUUUCUAAAAAAUAUGUUCACCAAAAACAUGGCGCUGAUCAAAGCCGCACUAAAAAGCUAAAUUUUAGUCUGACAUCUAAUCAUCUAAUUCAAUAAUACUUUUGAAAAAACAAAACAAAACAAACAAAUAAAUUGACGUUUAAUUAGCUAGUAUAUUAUUAAUCUUUAAUAUUAUUAUUUUAAAAAAAUAAUAAUAUUUUAACAAACAAUGAUUCAUAAGUUUAAAAAAAAAAAUUUUUUUUUCAAUAUAAAUUUAACCUUAAAAAAUUGAAAAAAAAAAAAAUAAACUUCAAUUCUAAGUGUGUGUUUGUAUUUUUCUAAUUAAUUUCAAAAAAAUCAAUAGAUAUUUUGAUAUAAAAAUAAUAUUUUUUAUACAAUAUCUUAUUAAUUUAAUUUAAAAAUGACAUCAAGUAUUUGUGAAAAAUAAAAACAACAAGUUUAAAAAAGUAAAAAAACAAAAAAACAUUUAAAUGUAAUGUGAGUUAUUAAAUAAUGGAAAUAGCGUAUGCUCCAUUACCAAAAUUGGUGCCAAUUGGUAGUCCAAGAGUUAUAGCAACCCAAGAAUUUUUAUCUGAUAAAACAUCAUUUGCUGAGGUAUUACAAUCAGAUCCAGUAAAACGUUUACUAAAAAAGCCAAAUAUACUUUUAAGAGCUAUAUGUAAAACACCAGCUGAAACAGUCAACAACAACAACAACAACAACAGCAACAAUUACAUCAACAAUGACAGUAGUUGUACAUCUGUUACAUCAAAUGUUACAUCAGCAUCAAAGUCAAUACAAAAAACAAAUGAUUUAUCAAUACCCACAAAAGGUGAAUAUUUAUUGCCAUCAAAAAAUAAUGGUAAAUCAGAAAUAAUACUUGAACGAGUUGAUAAUAGUAAAAAAAAUUGUGGACAUAUUGAAAAUUGUGAAUACAUAAUGUGUGAUGUUAAUGUUGAACAGUAUGUUGAUGAAAAUGAAGUAUCACCAAUUGUUGCUAUAAACAUUGAUGAAACAGAAAUAAAUGCACCAGUUUCAAAACAUUGUGAAAAUAAUAAUUGUGAUGCAUUAAAUAUUGAUCAUAAUUUAUGUAGACGUAUUAUAAUACCAUUAUAUCCUUGCGAUAAAAUAAAUAAAUGUGAUAUUUGUGAUGUAUUAUUUAAAACACGUAAAUCACGUUUAAUACAUAAAAAUUGUAUUAAAAAAAAUAUAUAUCAACAUAAUAAAGUUGAUGUUGAUAAAUUAUUACGUCAAAGAAUGCGUGAAAGAGAAUUACAAAUUAAUGAAUUAUUAAAAAUUAAAAGAUCAGAAAAUAUUCAUGAUAGAUAUACAGAAGAAAAUAUUAUUCAAAGACUUAAAAAAAAUAGAGAACUAGAUGUUAUACCAAAACAUAAAAUACCACCAGAACCAAUUAUAACAAUAACACCACUAUCAAAAUUAGUUAAAAAAUUACAACAAGAACAAAAACAAGAACAACAACAACAACAACAGCCAAUUUUUGAUUUAGGUCGAAUAUCAUCAAUUCAAACGUCUAGUAAUUUACCUUCAACUGUUACUAACAAUAGUCAUAACAAUAAUAGUAAUUACAACAAUAAUAAUAAUAGUAUUGAUUCAAAUAAAAUUGAAUUAAAAUUAUCAAAAAAUUCAUCGUUAAUAUUACCAAAAUCAGCAGCAACACAAUUUUUAAAUAACAGUGAUAAUUUAUCAUUAUUAUCACAAAAACAAAAUAAUAUUAAUUUAUGUAUGAAUAAUGGUAGUAUUAAUCAGCAUGAUAAGCAUCAUGAGUAUACAAAUAAAAAUACAAUACCUCAAGCAACAGUUUAUCCAAUAAGUAUUGCUGAUUGGGUUAAAGCACAACAAGAACAACAUGAACAACAACAAUUACAAGAACAAUUACAACAACAGCAACAACAACAUCUACAGCAGCUACAAAAACAAUUACAUUUACAACAACAACAGCAGCAACAACAAAAACAACUACAUUUACAACAACAACAACAGCAACAGCAACAACAAAAUAAUAUAAAUAAUAUUAGUAACAAUAAUAAUAACAAUGUAGAUACUUUACGAUUACAAAACAAUUCAGUUUUUAUGCCAGUUAGAAUUGUACCAAUAGCAAAUUUAAAAUCAGAACCAUCAUUAUUACAUCAUCAACUAGGUAUACCAAAAUAUUGUCUUGUUGCUGAUACAGUAUUACCAACAGAUAUUAAAGGACAAUUAAAACAAAUAUUACCAGCACCAACAAUUAAAAUUGCACCAAAACCAAAACCAACAACAUCAUUUAUACAAUUACAACCAAUACAAUCAAUACAACCAGUACAACCAAUACAACCAAUACAACCAGUACUACCUAAUUCAAUGCCAAUUAAUACAGCAAUUAAUGAACUUUUAAAAAUAAAUAAUAAUAAUGAACAACAAGAUAAUAAUAAUAUUAAAAUUGAUAAAGUUACUAGUUUUAAUCUUCGUAGAACAAGAAGAAAUAGAAAUAGAGCAAUAAGACGUAGAAAAGCAGCUGCUGAAAAAGCUGAACAAGCUAGAUUAAAUAAAAUAAAUAAUGGUGAUAAUAAUAAUAUUAAUAAUGGUGAUAAUAAUAUUAAUAAAACAAAUAUUCCAUUAAAAUUAACACCAAAAGUACUACGUGGACCACGUGGUACAUAUACUAAAAGACAAAAAGGUGAAACAAAAAAUUUUCAAUGUGAAUUUUGUCAUAAAAGAUUUUAUACUGAUUGGUAUUUUAAAACACAUUUGGCACGUCAUACUGGUGAAUUGAGUGAAAAAUGUAAUUAUUGUGAUUCUGGUUUUACAAAUACAUAUGAUUUAAGAAGACAUAUGUCGAUUGAUCAUAAAGAACAUGUUGAAGCAACAAGUAUUGGUGGCUCUGUUGAUAUUAUGGAAGAUGAUAAAAUGAAUUUUACUAUUGAAAAUGAUAUUGAUGAUGGAGCUUUUGAUCAAGAUAUUAAUAAUCAUCAUGAUAAUACAAAUGAACAUUCAAAAACUGUACCGAAAUUUAAAAUAAUUAAUGUUAAUGGUGUGAGAAGUACAAAUAUGAGACAUUCCAAUGGUGAUGGUGGUGAUGAUGAAGAUGAUGAUGAAGAAGAUAGAUUAGUUAUUGCUGAAGAAGAUGAUUAUUCUGAAAAUGAAAUUGAUGAACCAAUUGACUCUGAUGAAAAUUCAGAUAUUGAAAUGGUAAUUGAUGAAUCACAAUCUGGAUAUUAAAAUUUAUCCAGUUGACAAAGUUGAUCGAAGACAAAAAAAAUAUAUUCCACAAUGAUGCUUUUAAUUAAAGAUAAUUAUUAUUUUCAAUUUAAAAAUUUUUAUGAAUAUUUUGUCGACCAGGACAAUCAAUUGUUUAACAUCACAAUUUACUAAUGGCAUUCUGGUCCUAGUCUAAAAAAUUAAUUCUAGGAGUAUUAUAUAAACCUAAUGAAUCUUUAUUAUUAUUAUUUUUUUUUUUUUCUAAUUUUAUUACUGAAGAGAAACUUUAUAAGUAAUUUAAUUUUAUUCUAUAAAUAAUGUAUACUAGAGUUUUUUUUUGAUGAGAAUUUUCCACGUAUUACAGUGUGCCUUUGGAGUUUAUUUUUAAUAUAAUUCAUAAUAAUGAUCUGUAAAUAAAUGGUAUAUAUUUUUUUUUUUUUUUUUGUUUUUUUUGAAAAUAAAUUAAUUUUUCAAUACAA